GUCAAGCGGGGUCAGCUGCCUAGGCGCAAAAGCAGCCGCAAGUUAACGGACGCUUUCAGCUCUGGUUUCGGUGUUUCGGCUUCGGUGUCAAGCGUUGGCAGCAAGACCACGCAAGUAGAAUCAACGGCGAUUUGCGCAUUAAGUUGUGAGCAUCCGUUUUAAUCCAGGUAAUGUUCAGGUAGUGGUUUACGCUGCCAGUAAAAUGGGGAAGAAACGUUUGGCUAUAACGUAUCCAGGAUAUGAGCCAGAGUGCGCAGCAACAAGCUCGGUGUCGAAGAAACGUUUACCGGCGAGCUAUCGUGGGCAUGAUUUGAAGGGAAGGCUAUCGACGAAGAAAUGCUUUCGGGACGCCUACCGUCACAGAGAAACAACCCCGUCAUCGCAAGUUGAAGACAGACAGUGGCUCUGUGUGAACGGUUUUUCGCAGACCAAGUGGAGUAGGAUUCCAAAAAAAUUCUUCACGCGCUGCGUCCCCGUCGUAUGGUCGUUCCUGCAAGCCUGCGUCUCGCUAGGCUGCCUCUUCCUGGUUUUUCUCUUCUUUAAUCCCACCUGUCUCGACACGAAAGAGCUGCAGGUGGAGGCACUUGCCCUUACACUUCGGCAGCAUCUUGUUGGCCAAGACAUUGCCAUAAACCGGACAGUGACUGCCAUCACGCGCUAUUUGAGUAGCAGUGAAUCUACAGCACCGGUUCCGCUUGUGCUCGUGUAUGUUGGCUGCUCCGGGUGUGGAAAAACAUAUGCGUCGUCGCUGAUUGCCAAGCACUACCCAUAUACCGAAGCUCUUGUUGCCUCGCACAAGAUAGCACUCACACGCAAAACUGGCAACGACUUGUUGCGUUGGCUGCGGUAUUCCCUGUCAUCGUGGCGGCCAAAUGUCAUUGUCAUUGACGACAUCGAUCUGGGACUCGAUACGGUGCGGCCUAUUCCACUGGAUGAUUUAUUUAGCACGCAACUAGAAGCUGUCCUCUCAUCUUGGGAAGAGGCAAAGGUGCAGAGGGGGCAAGCAGUGAUUUUCGUUCUAUCUCUGAGUGGCGGAGGCAGCGUGGCGGAGGGUUUCGCGUUGAAGCGAAUUGAGGACGUGCGCAAGCGGGAAACUACGGAAGAUGUCGAAAAGCUGAUUGAAGCAUAUCGCAGCAUGUUUCCGUCGUGGUUGAGAAGUGCGGAAAUCGUGCCUUUCCUGCCCCUGACCAAGGAUCAUGUCAAAGAGUGCCUGUUGAGGCAACUGGCUGAACAAACACCCCAAUCACGAGCCAAAAUAGUGGCCCUCUCUGGCGGUGUUGAUAGUCUUUUGCAGGGAUUUACUUUCUACCCGGAGGACUACCCCGUUUUCUCAAAAUCGGGCUGCAAGGAAGUGCCUAUCAAACUUGCUUUGGGUGAUCUCUGAAUGCUGGACUUCAGCAAGAAUGCUAUGCUCUCAUUGAUUGAUGUGAACAUUGAGUGCUUUAAACGAAGUGCAGAAAUAGCAAGCACGAAUUCAUGCAUUUUGUGACAUGGUAGCGGGGCAAGUUAUUGCAUUGAGAGCAUUGUUGACUGUGAUAAAAUCAAAUUGGUUGCACUAAGCCAAAGGUGUACUUAUAUUGACAGUGAUAAUUAAAGCACUACUUUAUUAUCUCAUUAUACAACAGGCAUUCCUCCAGGAAGUGUGGUGCGAAUCCUGACUAUGUACACUAUUUCUUGUGUGCAAGUUGAACUUUAUUUACCAUUUUUUUCUUUCUUCAAACACUUUAUGUAUGCCAAAAACAUAUUUUAUACGUAACCUUUGAUCAAUAAAUUGCUCAUUACACUCGGCAUGAAAGUGUCAUAAAAAUUACCUUGUCUUCCUGAAGGAUUGCUUCACUUUUACAUCAUUUAGAAAGUAUACUGUGCAUGUAUUCCCCAAGCCAGUAUAGUUUCAUAGCAGUAUGUAUUGCUUUCUGCAGUAGGCUCUUAUUACAUGGAACCUGAAGAGACCAGGAAAAAAUCUUCCAUUUAACUGGAGCUCCAUUGGCUGAGAGGUGAACAAAAAAAUGAGCUGAACAGAAGUAUGAAACGAAUAUCGGAUGCUGUUAUUCCAUUUAAGCAGUGUUGCCAUUUAAUAAAUUUCUGUUUACUUU